AUGCCUUCACCAACUCGCUCAUCGCACCGAGCUGCCUCUCCCUCUGCUCCAAGCUCAAGCCGCCAUCACCGCAGCCGCCACAGCCAUUCCCACCGCCACCGACCCCGAGAGAGCUCGCGCUCACGGUCUCCACACCGAUCUGACAGACAUAGAUCAGACCGUCACCACCGUUGUGGCGAGGACAAAGACCGCGGACACCUCGAGCGACGACAUAGAGAUGCCCCGUCGAAACCAAUCGUGCUCCCUUACCAAGCGCGCGAGCUCUCAGGGCGUGACCUGAAGGUUUACGAGCCUAUGUUUGGCAUGUACUUGGAUAUUCAAAAAGGAAAAUAUAUCGAAGACUUGAGUGAAGAUGAGGUGAGGGGGCGGUGGAAGAGUUUCACACAAAAAUGGAACCGUGGAGAACUCGCGGAGGGAUGGUAUGAUCCCGUCACACUUGACAAAGCACGCCGGAGUGCAGAAGAAGAACCGGCAGCUGGCCCUAGAGGCGGACGCGAAUCGCCUGAUUACACGCGGGGCCAGCGAGCGACUGGCAAAGCCCCACGGGAUCCUCCAGUAGGCAAUGACGAUGAGGAUGACGAUGACGAGUACGGGCCUAGUCUCCCACAAGCUGGCUCAGGGAGAGGCGGUCCACAAGUAGGCCCUACAAUCCCAACCAUGCAAGAUCUUGAGCUCAAACGAGAAUCUGCUAUGGAGGAUGCGAUCGCUGCUCGCGGUGAGUCACGCGAUCAAUACCAUGCUGAAAUUCGUUCGCAUAAGUCCGAAAUGCGUUAUCUCCAGGACGAGAUUGCCCCGCGGGCUGAGGCGGGCACUCGGGAGAGACAGCUCGAGAAGCGACGAGAAGUUGCUUUGAGCAACCGUGCAUUCGCGGACGCGCGUGGUGGCUCGCCAGAGGCAGCUCGGGAUGAAGAUUUAAUGGGAGGGGGCGAUGAGUUUUCUACCUUGAAGCGGGAGAAGGAGAAAGACCAGCGUAAGAAGAACGAGCGUGAGAUCCGGAGAGAAGAGAUUCUUCGUGCGCGUACAGCGGAGCGAGAAGAACGUGCGCAGGCUUAUCGACAGAAGGAGCAGGAGACUAUGAGCUUCUUGCAGGCUCUGGCAAAGCAGCGAUUUGGCUGA